AUGGGGGGCGGAGGCCAGCAGACGGAGUCAGGCGAGCCGGCCAAGGGUGACAGGGGUGGGCUCGGUGGAGGGCGAGGUGGCAGUGCAGUCUACACCUGGGAAGAGGUCCAGAGGCACUCUCACAGAGGCGACCAGUGGUUGGUCAUCGACAGGAAGGUCUAUAACGUUACCCAGUGGGUGAAGAGACACCCGGGGGGCAUCAGGGUCAUCAGUCACUUUGCUGGAGAAGAUGCCACGGUCAGUAGCCUAACUAUGGAAGUUGUUGGUGAAAUGUUCUCAAGCUAUUCCAAUAAGACUGUUGCAAAUGUUAUAAUGUUGUAGGUUUAGAAAUGUUUAGUGGUCUGUCACUGUAUGACAUAUUACACAAGAUGUUAGUGGAUUGUACAUUUAUGGAUCCUAAUAUCAUGAUAAUCUCUCAACUAAUCUCACAGUGAAUUAAUUGUUAUUUAUUUUUACUGAGAGGACAUUUGUAUGUAUUUGUCUUAAACAACACAGAUUCAUCUAUAUCUCUGAUUUCUAGGAAGCAUUUUCCGCCUUCCAUCCUGAUCCUAAUUUUGUCCGGAAGUUUCUGAAGCCGUUGCUGAUUGGAGCGCUGGCACCCACAGAGCCCAGCCAAGACCAGGGGAAAAAUGUGAGGAUGCCUAUCUUUCUCUCUCCAUCUCCCUCUACAGCACCACGCCCAUAACAUACAUCGCUGUAGGCUACAUAAUGAAACAUAGAAUGUGAAGCCUAAAGCAUCUCUCCAUCUGACAUAGCACCACGCCCACUCUAACAUACUGUAGGUUUAGGAAGGGACCCGGGGACCAAUGCGAGGCCAAUCUUUCUCUUGCUAAUAGGGAAUUCCAUGCUACUCAGACAGAAUGCUGUGCAGAAUGGUACUUUCUACGACUGUGGUAAGAGCAGGUGUGAUGUGUAUGGAGAUAUUUCAAGACAAGGUUUACCUCCUACAGAUGUAGUGUGGCAUCUUCAGUCAUCUACUAUAACUAGGGCACAUUAUACCAGCCUGUCUAUGAGCCCAGAUGCCCCGCUGCCCGCUGUCUGUUUACCUAUUCAGGAGUCUUACCUCUUAUCCUGGUACUCUUCAGCUUUCUGUUACUCCUAUUUCCUUCUUCUUCUUCUUCUUCUUCUUCUUCUUCUUCUUCUUCUUCUUCUUCUUCUUCUUCAUUAUUUACACUAUCCUCCUCCUGUCCUCCUCCUCUCCUGUCCUCCUCCUCUCCUGUCCUCCUCCUCUCCUCUCCUCCUCCUCUCCUGUCCUCCUCCCUCUCCUGUCCUCCUCCUCUCCUCCACUCCCUCAAUUCUCAUCUCUCUACCAUCAUCCACCUUCCUCCUGGUUCAUCUUGGCUUUAUCACAGUUUGUCUUUCUGCAAUUCCUCGCAUCCUGUCACCUCGCCUCCUCGAAUCAAUAACAGUUUAAUUGAGAAAGACCCCUUACUUCAUACAUCUUUAUUUAUUAUUGAUCACCUCUACGCCAUACAGGCAGCACUGGUGCAGGACUUUCAGGCGUUGCGUGAUCAUGUGGAGAGAGAGGGACUCCUCCGUGCCCGCCCCCUGUUCUUCAGCCUCUACCUGGGCCACAUCCUGCUACUAGAGGCCCUGGCUUUGGGCCUGCUCUGGGUCUGGGGGACCAGCUGGAGCCUCACACUGCUCUGUUCCCUCAUGCUGGCCACGUCUCAGGUACCAUUACAGUAUUAUUAGGAAGCAGAAGGAGAUAUUUGACAGGCAGAUUCUAAGGUUAGGUAUAGGGAUCGAAGGUUAGUGUUAAGGUUAGGGGAUUAGGGUUAGGAUUAAGGUUAGGGUUGGUGGGGUUAGGGGAAAGGUUAAGGUUAGGAUUAAGGUUAGGGUUAGGGGAAAGGAUAGGGUUGGUGGGGUUAGGGUAAAGGUUAGGCAUAGGGUUAGGGUUAGGGGAAAGGUUAAGGUUAGGAUUAAGGAUAGGGUUGGUGAGGUUAGGGUAAAGGUUAGGCAUAGGGUUAGGGUUAGGGGAAAGGUUAAGGUUAGGAUUAAGGAUAGGGUUGGUGGGGUUAGGGUAAAGGUUAGGCAUAGGGUUACCGAACCACCUUUCAGACACCAUUCACACUCUGCAUUUCUUUUUCCCUCUCAGUCCCAGGCUGGCUGGCUGCAGCAUGACUUCGGCCACCUGUCAGUCUUCAAGAAAUCCAGUUGGAAUCACAUACUGCAAAAGUUUGUCAUUGGACAUCUAAAGGUAAGCUACUGGACAAUGGUUGGACAUUUGUCACGAGUGUCAGUGUAAUGCGGUGGAUCGAAGUCAGGCGCAGGACACAGAACUCAUUGAAACGUACUUUACUGAAUAAGUAAAGACACCAAUACAAAAUACCUCCACACAGGCAGGAACAAACCCGCUCACCAAACGACACACGAAACGAAAAACAAACACGCACAAAACACAUUGGGAGCCACCGGGUUAAAUAGGGAAGGAGUAAUCACAUAAUGGGAAACAGGUGUGUAACAAUCAGACAACAGGUGCAACAUAGAAAAUAGAUCGGCAGCAGCUAGUAUUCCGGUGACGACAAACGCCGAAGCCUGCCCGAGCAAGGAGGAGGGGCAGCCUCGGCAGAAUCCGUGACAGUACCCCGCCCCUGACACGCGGCUCCAGCUGUGCGUCGACACCGGCCUCGAGGACAGCCAGGAGGACACGGCGCGGGGCGAGUCGGAUGACUGCGGUGGAAAUCCCUCAACAUGGAGGGAUCGAGGAUGUCCCUCCUAGGGACCCAGCACCAUUCCUCCGGACCGUACCCCUCCCACACCACGAGAUACUGCAGCCCCCCCCACCCGACGCCUCGAAUCCACGAUGGAACGGACCGAGUACACCGGUGCCCCCUCGAUGUCCAGUGGGGGCGGAGGAACCUCCCGUAUCUCAGACUCCUGGAGUGGACCAGCUACCAUCGGCCUGAGGAGAGACACAUCGAACGAGGGGUUAAUAUGAUUAUCAGGAGGAAGCGGUAACCUAUAACAUACCUCGUUCAAUCUCCUCAGGACUUUGAAUGGCCCCACAAACCGCCGGCCCAGCUUCCGGCAGGGCAGGCGAAGGGGCAGGUUUCGGGUCGAGAGCCAGACCCGGUCCCCUGGGGCAUACACUGGAGCCUCACUGCGGUGGCGGUUGGCGCUCGCCUUUUUCUGCCCGAUGGCCCGUUGCAGGCGCACAUGGGCAGCGUUCCAGGUCUCCUGCGAGCGCCGAAACCAUUCAUCCACCGCAGGUGCCUCGAUCUGGCUCUGAUGCCAAGGUGCCAGAACCGGCUGAUAACCUAGUACACAUUGGAAUGGAGUAAGGUUAGUGGAGGAGUGGUGGAGGGAGUUUUGGGCCAUCUCUGCCCAUGGGAGGAAAACCGACCACUCCCCCCGCUGGUCCUGGCAAUACGACCUCAGAAACCUACCCACCUCCUGGUUGACUCUCUCCACCUGCCCGUUGCUUUCGAGGUGAAAUCCUGAGGUCAGGCUGACCGAGACUCCCAGACGUUCCAUGAACGCCCUCCAGACUCUCGAGGUGAACUUGGAACCCCAAUCAGACACUAUAUCCUCAGGUAUCCUAUAGUGCCGGAAGACGUGUGUAAAUAGGGCCUAAGCAGUCUGUAGGGGCGUAGGGAGACCGGGCAGAGGAAUGAGGCAGCAGGACUUAGAAAACCGAUCCACAACGACCAGGAUCGUGGUGUUCCCUUGUGAGGGGGGAAGAUCCGUCACGAAGUCCACCGAUAGGUGACCCCACAGUCGUUGUGGAACGGGUAGGGGUUGCAAUUUCCCUCUGGGCAGGUGUCUAGGAGCCUUACACUGGGCGCACACCGAGCAGGAGGAAACAUAAACCCUCACGUCCUUAGCUAAGGUGGGCCACCAAUAUUUCUCACUAAGACAAUGCACUGUCCGACCGAUACCAGGAUGACCAGAGGAGGGUGACGUGUGAGCCCAAUAGAUCAAACGAUCGCGGACCUCCAGCGGAACGUACAUACGACCCUCUGGAUACCGGGGAGGAGUGGGUUCAUUACGCAAUGCCCGCUCGAUGUCAGCGUCCACCUCCCACACCACCGGUGCCACCAGACACGACACCGGAAGUAUGGGAGUGGGCUCCACGGAACUCUCCUCCGUGUCAUACAGUCGGGACAGAGCAUCUGCCUUAGCGUUCUGGGAACCUGGCCUGUACGAAAGGGUGAAAACAAAACGGGCGAGAAACAUGGACUACCUUGCCUGGCGAGGGUUUAAUCUCCUCGCCGCCCGGAUGUACUCCAGAUUGCGGUGGUCAGUCAAAAUGAGAAAAGGGUGUUUAGCCCCCUCAAGCCAAUGUCUCCACGCUUUCAGGGCUUGGACCACAGCCAACAGCUCCCGGUCCCCCACAUCAUAGUUGCGCUCCGCCGGGCUGAGCUUCUUCGAAAAGAACGCACAGGGGCGGAGCUUGGGUGGUGUGCCCGAGCGCUGGGAAAGUACAGCACCUAUCCCAGCCUCCGACGUGUCCACCUCAAUUGUGAAAGCCAAGGAGGGAUCCGGAUGAGCCAGCACUGGAGCCGAGGUAAACAGGUUUUUCAGAUGACUGAACGCCCUGUCCGCCUCAGCUGACCACCGCAGUCGCACCGGUCCCCCCUUCAGCAAGGAGGUAAUGGGAGCCGCUACCUGACCAAAGCCCCGGAAUAACCUCCGGUAGUAGUUGACAAACCCUAAAAAUCGCUGCACCUCCUUCACCGUGGUUGGAGUCACCCAAUUACGCAUGGCCGAAAUGCGGUCACUCUCCAUCCUCACCCCAGACGCAGACAGGUGGUGCCCUAGGAAGGAGAUGGACUCCUGCAAGAACAGGCAUUUCUCCGCCUUGGCAUACAGGUCAUGUUUCAACAGUCGUCCAAGAACUUUACGCACCAGGGACACAUGCUCGGCCCGUGUAGCGGAGUAUAUGAGAAUGUCAUCAAUAUACACCACUACACCCUGUCCGUGCAGAUCCCUGAAAAUCUCAUCGACAAAGGAUUGGAAGACUGAUGGAGCAUUCAUCAACCCGUACGGCAUGACAAGGUACUCAUAGUGUCCUGAGGUAGUACUGAAUGCCGUCUUCCACUCAUCUCCUUCCCGGAUACGCACCAGGUUGUACGCGCUCCUGAGAUCCAAUUUCGUGAAGAAGCGCGCCCCGUGCAAUGACUCCGUCAUAUAAGCUAUCAGAGGUAAUGGAUAGCUGUACUUGACGGUGAUCUGAUUAAGACCACGGUAAUCAAUGCACGGGCGUAACCCACCAUCCUUCUUCACGAAAAAGAAACUUGAGGAAACAGGUGAAGUGGAAGGCCGAAUGUAUCCCUGCCUGAGAGAUUCAGAGACAUAUGUUUCCAUAGCCGCCUUCUCCUCCUGUGACAGAGGGUACAUGUGACUCCGGGGAAGUGCAGCGCCUACCUGGAGAUUUAUUGCACAAUCCCCCGGACGAUGGGGUGGUAAUUUAGUCGCCCUCUUUUUACUGAAGGCGAGAGCCAAAUCGGCAUACUCGGAAGGAAUGUGCAUGGUGGAGACCUGGUUUGGGACUCUCCACCGUAGUAGCCCCUAAGGAAACCCCUACACAUCUCCCUGAGCACAGACUGGACCAUCCCUUGACAGCCCUCUGUUGCCAGGAAAUAGUGGGGUCAUGAGUGGUUAACCAGGGAAGUCCCAACACCACAGGAUACGCAGGAGAAUCAAUCAGAUAGAGACUAAUCCUCUCCUCAUGACCCCCCUGCGUCCUCAUUAAGAGUGGUGCGGUAACCUCCCUGAUUAGGCCUGACCCUAGCGGGCGACUAUCUAAUGCGUGGACAGGGAAGGGCACAUCAACACGAACAGUGGGAAUCCCUAAACUAAGUGAAUACUGAUGAUCAAUGAAAUUCCCAGCUGCGCCUGGAUCUACUAACGCCUUAUGCUGGGAAUGAGGAGAAAACUCUGGGAAAACAACACAGCUGACCAACAGGGAGCUCUGGGUGAGUUGGGUGAUUACUCACCUGAGAUGGUCGACCAGUGCUCUGCCUACUGCUUUGACUCCCUGGGGACCCUCCCCAACACCGACCCGCAGUGUGUCCUCUGUGGCCACAGUUGGUGCAAGAUACGGCCCCUCUCCUGGUCUCCCUAAGCGCAGCACCUCCGAGCUCCAUGGGGGUAGGGUCGGAGGUGCUGGGAGAUAGAAUGAAUGGGCCCUGAUCAGAACGUCCGCGGGUCUCCAACAGGUUAUCCAGCCUGAUGGACAUCUCCACCAGUUGGUCCAGGUUGAGGUUGGUAUCCCUGCAGGCCAGUUCCCGCCGAACGUCCUCCCUUAGGCUGCAACGAUAGUGGUCGAUCAGGGCCCUCUCAUUCCAUCCGGCACUGGCUGCCAGAGUCCUGAACUACAGCGCAAAAUCCUGGGCGCUCCUCCUCUCCUGUCUUAGGUGGAACAGACGCUCGUCCGCCACUCUCCCCUCUGGUGGAUGAUCGAAUACCGCCCGGAAGCGGCGUGUUAAAUCCUCGUAGCGGACAUAUGUAGCGUCAAUUCCUCCCCACUCGGCGUUGGCCCACUCGAGCGCCUUCCCCGACAGACAGGAGUUGAGGGCGGACACGCUCUCGUAUCCCGAGGGCGCCGGGUGAAUGGUUGCCAGGUAGAGCUCUACCUGGAGAAGGAAACCCUGACACCCGGCUGGUGUACCAUCAUAUGCCCUCGGGAGCGAGAGCCGAAUCCCACUGGACCCAGGUGGCGAAGGGGUGGACAGUGGUGUGGGAGGUUGAGUGGUUGGAGGAGGUGUAGGAAGGCCACCUCUCUCCCAUCGGUCCAUAGUAUUCACCACCCUCUCCAUAGCGGUGCCGAGAGCCUGGAUCAUGCUCUCCUGUCGUUGAACGCGUUCCUCCAUCGAUCCGGACUGACUGGCUGUACCUGCUGACUCCAUAAAUGGUGUGUAUUUCUGUCACGAGUGUCAGUGUAAUGCGGUGGAUCGAAGUCAGGCGCAGGACACAGAACUCGUUGAAACAUACUUUUCCUGAUAAGUAAAGAAACCAAUACAAAAUACCUCCACACAGGGAGGAACAAACCCGCUCACCAAACGACACACGAAACGAAAAUCAAACACACACAAAACACAUUGGGAGCCACCGGGUGAAAUAGGGAAGGAGUAAUCACAUAAUGGGAAACAGGUGUGUAACAAUCAGACAACAGGUUGAACAUAGAAACAUAGAACAUAGAUCGGCAGCAGCUAGUAUUCCGGUGACGACAAACGCCAAAGCCUGCCCGAGCAAGGAGGAGGGGCAGCCUCGGCAGAAUCUGUGACAAAAUUUGACAAUACUGUUUCUUUAGGCUGAUCUUCUGCUACUCUUUGGGCCAGUUUCCCGGACACAGCUUAAAGCUAGUCCUGGACUGAAAACCAUUCUCAAUGGAUAAUCUCCUUUGAAAGUACAUUUUACUCCAGCACUAGGUUUAAUCUGUGUUCAGGAAACUGGCCCUUUCACUUUCCGACAUUCACAAGAGCAGUGUUACAUUUCCAAGGUCACUGCUCUACAUUAGCCUUAUUUCGUGGAGUGUCCCAACAGUUGGAAGUUACAGUAAGUGUAAUUGUGUUUACCAGUGAUACGUAACAGUAGCUGUGUGUUUCCAGGGUGCCUCUGCUAACUGGUGGAACCAUCGUCACUUCCAGCACCACGCUAAACCCAACGUGUUGAGUAAAGAUCCUGAUAUCAACUCACUGCAUGUCUUCGUCCUGGGAGACAAACAGCCUGUAGAGGUAGCUAUCACUAUAAUGGAUCUGUGAAUGUGAUCCCUGCGGGAACUGAACCCGCAACCUUAGUGCUUUAUGACCCAUCUGACUCCAUGUUAUAUUUGAAUAAUCAUGUAAGAAUUAAUGUAAUAAUAUGAAUGUAAUAUUCAAAUAUCCAUGUAAUAGUUAAUUAAAUUAAUGUAAUAUUCAUGAAAUAACCAUGUAACGGUUUGGCUCUGUAGUGUUGAAACGGUAUUAGUGCUUUUGUGUAAGAUCCAUCUGACUCCUUGUCUCUGUCUAUUGCAGUAUGGUAUAAAGAAGUUGAAGUACAUGCCUUACCAUCACCAACACAAGUACUUCUUCCUCAGUAAGUUUCAUGAAUUUCUGUAUAGCAUCACAUCAAUUAUAGCAUCACAUCAACUUCCAUUGAACACAUAAAAUCAAUAGAUAGACGGCUGAUGCAUGCAUGUAUGUAUGUAUGUAUGUAUGUAUGUAUGUAUGUAUGUAUGUAAUACCUAUGUAGUAUUUUCCUUCUGUCUCUCAGUUGGACCUCCACUACUUAUUCCAGUGUAUUUCCACAUCCAGAUAUUGCGGGCCAUGUUUUUACGACGGGACUGGGUGGUGAGAUUUCAUACCAACUAAACGUAUACUUAAUCCUCUUCAUUCCUACAGUGGGGAGAACAAGUAUUUGAUACACUGCCGAUUUUGCAGGUUUUCCUACUUACAAAGCAUGUAGAGGUCUGUCAUUUUUAUCAUAGGUACACUUCAACUGUGAGAGACGGAAUCUAAAACAAAAAUCCAGAAAAUCACAUUGUAUGAUUUUUAAGUAAUUAAUUUGCAUUUUAUUGCAUGACAUAAGUAUUUGAUACAUCAGAAAAGCAGAACUUAAUAUUUGGUAAAGAAACCUUUGUUUGCAAUUACAGAGAUCAUACGUUUCCUGUAGAUCUUGACCAGGUUUGCACACACUGCUGCAGGGAUUUUGGCCCACUCCUCCAUACAGACCUUCUCCAGAUCCUUCAGGUUUCGGGGCUGUCGCUGGGCAAUACGGACUUUCAACUCCCCCCAAAGAUGUUCUAUUGGGUUCAGGUCUGGAGACUGGCUAGGCCACUCCAGGACCUUGAGAUGCUUCUUACGGAGCCACUCCUUAGUUGCCCUGGCUGUGUGUUUCGGGUCGUUGUCAUGCUGGAAGACCCAGCCACGACCCAUCUUCAAUGCUCUUACUGAGGGAAGGAGGUUGAUGGCCAAGAUCUCACGAUACAUGGCCCCAUCCAUCCUCCCCUCAAUACGGUGCAGUCGUCCUGUCCCCUUUGCAGAAAAGCAUCCCCAAAGAAUGAUGUUUCCACCUCCAUGCUUCACGGUUGGGAUGGUGUUCUUGGGGUUGUACUCAUCCUUCUUCUUCCUCCAAACACGGCGAGUGGAGUUUAGACCAAAAAGCUCUAUUUUUGUCUCAUCAGACCACAUGACCUUUUCCCAUUCCUCCUCUGGAUCAUCCAGAUGGUCAUUGGCAAACUUCAGACGGGCCUGGACAUGCGCUGGCUUGAGCAGGGGGACCUUGCAUGCACUGCAGGAUUUUAAUCCAUGACGGCGUAGUGUGUUACUAAUGGUUUUCUUUGAGACUGUGGUCCCAGCUCUCUUCAGGUCAUUGACCAGGUCCUGCCAUGUAGUUCUGGGCUGAUCCCUCACCUUCCUCAUGAUCAUUGAUGCCCCACGAGGUGAGAUCUUGCAUGGAGCCCCAGACCGAGGGUGAUUGACCGUCAUCUUGAACUUCUUCCAUUUUCUAAUAAUUGUGCCAACAGUUGUUGCCUUCUCACCAAGCUGCUUGCCUAUUGUCCUGUAGCCCAUCCCAGCCUUGUGCAGGUCUACAAUUUUAUCCCUGAUGUCCUUACACAGCUCUCUGGUCUUGGCCAUUGUGGAGAGGUUGGAGUCUGUUUGAUUGAGUGUGUGGACAGGUGUCUUUUAUACAGGUAAUGAGUUCAAACAGGUGCAGUUAAUACAGGUAAUGAGUGGAGAACAGGAGGGCUUCUUAAAGAAAAACUAACAGGUCUGUGAGAGCCGGAAUUCUUACUGGUUGGUAGGUGAUCAAAUACUUAUGUCAUGCAAUAAAAUGCAAAUGAAUUACUUAAAAAUCAUACAAUGUGAUUUUCUGGAUUUACAGACCUCUACAUGCUUUGUAAGUAGGAAAACCUGCAAAAUCGGCAGUGUAUCAAAUACUUGUUCUCCCCACUGUAUGUGGAACAUAAAGCUUCCACGAGAGAGAGACACCUGUAAUGAUAUGAUUACGCUAACACCUGGGGGCACUAAAUGCUUGUUCAUUGCUCACUAAAGCUAGCAAGCAUAAUAUUGCACCACCAACAACACACUGACUGUACCGUCAGAGAUGACUAACUUCAUAAUCACAGUGAUAAUUGUUGCUUUGGUAGGAUCCCAGAUGUGAUAAUGUCUGUCCAUAAUACCAAUCUUUGUCUCCUGUGAAGGAUCUGGCGUGGUCGAUGACUUUCUACCUCCGCUUCUUCUGCUGUUACUACCCCUUCUUUGGUUUCUUUGGCUCAGUAGCCUUGAUCAGCUUCGUCAGGUAAAGUAUGAACUGAGAGGGAGCUGAAAGAUUCGUUCAUUCAUUCGCUGGUUCGCUAACUCACUCACUGAUUCAUUCAUUAAUUGUAUUCAAACUAUCUACAGUAUAGAAAACAACAAUGAUGUGCUUGAUGUAAGAAUUUAACAUAGUAUUGUGGCUGAAUAAUUGUAUUGUGAAUAUUGUACUGUAUAUAGGUUUUUGGAAAGCCACUGGUUUGUUUGGGUGACCCAGAUGAAUCAUCUUCCUAUGGAGAUGGAUCACGAGAGACACCAGGACUGGCUCACCAUGCAGGUAACGUGUCAUUAAUAUUCACAAAGCGUCUUGGAGAAGGAGUGCUGGUCUAGGAAUAGGUCCCCCCUGUCCUUACAAUCCUAUUCAUCAUUAUCUUAAAAGGCUAAACUGAUCCUAGAACAGCACUUCUACUCUUGACGCUUUGUGAAUACAGGUCCUGGUGUGUUUUCUGGGGCUGUGCUAUCCGUAGUUCUCCAGUAGAGGGUGCUAUAACGUGUUUAUUUCUCCUGUCUCAGUUGAGUGCUACUUGCAACAUUGAACAGUCACCUUUCAACGACUGGUUCAGUGGACACCUCAACUUUCAGAUUGAACACCAGUAAGUGAAACAAAUAUCACACUUUACUGUUGUCUGUGUCAACAGCAUAUAUUGUAUUUAUAAGGUCAUUGACAUAAUAAAGUAGGUAAUAGUUUAAGCAGUUUGCAGCUUCAUUUGAUCUUAAAUAUAACUUAACAGUUGUUUUGUACUAAUUACUGUAUCUCGUAAUAGUGUUUAGAUACAAUAUCGAUACAAUCCUACUCAGAAACUGAGGUUUCUCUGAGAAACUCUGAUAGCGUCUGCUCUCUGUCUCUCCCUCCCUCUCUCUCUGUCUCUCCCUCCCUCUCUCACCUUCCUCCACCCUUCUCCCUCCCUCUCUCUCUGCCUGCCUCCUUCUUUCUCUCUCUCUCUCUCUCUCCUCUCUCUCUCUCUCUCUCUCUCUCUCUCUGUCUGUCCCCCUCACCCCCCCACCUCCCUCCCAGUCUGUUUCCUACCAUGCCCCGUCAUAACUACCACCUGGUGGCUCCUCUGGUGCGUGCUUUGUGUGAGAAACAUGGAGUUCCCUAUCAGGUCAAGACCAUGCAGCAAGGCCUCACUGAUGUUGUCAGGUAAAACAAGUGUUUUAAUGAAUACUUUUAAGUGCUAUCCUCUGGGAAUACAUUGUACAUCAUAAGUGGUCCUCUGUAGCUCAGCUGGUAGAGCACGGCGCUUGUAACGCCAAGGCAGUGGGUUCGAUCCCCGGGACCACCCAUACACAAAAAUUUAUGCACGCAUGACUGUAAGUCGCUUUGGAUAAAAGCGUCUGCUAAAUGGCAUAUUAUUAUUAUUAUUAUUAUUAUUAUUAUUAUUAUUAUUAUUAUAAGGUGAUACCUGCUGCUCUCAGGCUCCUCUGUGAUUUACCUGGUUUGUUAUCCACCUCUGUUCCUCCCCAGGUCACUGAAGAAGUCAGGCGAUCUGUGGCUGGAUGCAUAUCUUCAUAAAUAA